GGCCUCUCCAUUCAUCCCUGGAGCAGGAGGAGGACUUUAACCAGGAGCCUUUCUGAGCCCUCAGGCUGCAGUUCUCAACUCAGGCUCCCUCCAGCUCCAGGGAACUGAAGGGAAGGAAGGAACUUCCAAGACCCAGAAAGGUGGACUUUGCGCUCAAAGUGACAGACUGACAUCCCUGAACAUGGAAAGAGAAGCAUCAACUGGAGCUUCAAAACCCACCCAAGAAUCUAUAAUUAAAGAAGAGACCAUUACAGAAAGAAAAUGGGUGAAGCUUAACCAGACCACUUACCUUGAUCCCACAGGUAAAACAAGAGUGUGGGAAUCUGUAAAGCGUACUACCAGAAGAGAGAGCAUUUCUGCUGAUGGUGUUGCUGUUAUUCCAGUGUUACAAAGGACUCUUCACUAUGACUGCAUUGUUUUAGUAAAGCAAUUUAGGCCUCCAUUGGGGGUCUAUUGCUUGGAGUUCCCUGCAGGUUUAAUUGACAGAAACGAAACCCCAGAAAGUGCUGCUUUGCGUGAGCUGGAGGAAGAAACAGGAUACAAAGGAGACAUCGUUGAAUGCUCUCCAGCUUUGUGUCUGGAUCCUGGCUUGACAAACUGCUCAUCACACAUUGCGACAGUCACCAUUAAUGGAGACCUUCCUGCCAAUUUGAAGCCCAAGCAAAAGCCUGAGGAAGGAGAAUUUGUAGAAGUUGUUACACUACCGAAGAAUGACUUACUGCAGAGAAUUGAGGAAUUGGUGGCAGAGGAACACCUCAUCGUGGAUGCAAAGUUAUAUGCUUAUGCCUUGGCACUGCGGCAUGCAUCAGAUAAGCCCUUCCAAGUGCCAUUUAUGAAAUUCUAAGACUGCACCAUACUUCUUUUGAAGUUUUUUCCUGUAUGAAACUAAAAGAUUCGCAAUUAAUUAUCAUCAAGAUUUUUUUAAAAAUAUCUAUGAGUAAGGUUCUUAAAAGCAAACUGUUCAUAGCAGUCUUGCCUGGAAGAAUGAAACUGAUCUGUGUAAUAUAAAAGCUAAAAUAUAAUUCUAAUUCUGCACUAGCUAACUGGACUUCUUUGAAGCAAAAAUAAAUGCCUUCCUGCUA